GGUGUGGCGUGGACGCGGUCGGUAUACUUGGACAGAGGGGUGGCGGUGGACGCGGUAUACUUGGACAGAGGGGUGGCGGUGGACGUGGUAUACUGGUGGACGGUAAGGGGGGUGGCUGUGGCUGUGGUUAUACUUGGAAAAAGGGGGGGUGGCGGUGGCAUGGUAUACUUGGACAGAGGGGUGGUGGUGGACGUGGUGGAAUACUUGGGACAGAUUGACAGAGGGGUGGCGGUGGACGCGGUAUACUUGGACAGAGGGGUGGACGUGGUAUACUUGGACAGCUCCCCACACACGGCUGAUGUGUAAGGUAAAGUCUACAGGCUGGAAAAAAUCCGAAUGUAAAUGGAUAG